AAUCCCGGAGCUAUGUCUGAAAAGCCAAGCCCUAAGACCUCCGAAGCAGAAUGCAGUGCAGCGGACUUACCGGAAUUCGAAGACGAAGAACGCUGGCUUUUCAAAGUUCUGGGAAUCAAGCAUAGGUCUUCCUCUGCUCUGGAUGAUGACAGCAAUAAGCAGGAGGAUGAGCCAUUGGGCCACGCUGAAUUUCUUCGCCUGCAAGAUAUUCUUCAAGAGGACAAAGUCAGCAGUACUGAUGAUAACGACCCUUGCGGAGCUGGAUGUACUGAAGAUGAUGAGAGUAGUCACAGUGACAGUGACAUUGACGAUAAUGUGAGAGUCAUCAUUGGCAACAUUAAAGCAAACCCCUCCAAGUAUAUGGAGGCGCUCAGUGAUCUGAACUCACAAGCUGACCAAGACCUGGGAAUAGCAGAAUCAGACGAUGCCGCAAACCCAACUGAUUAA